AAAAUCAUGAAUACAUGUGAUGUUUAACAAAAGAAAGAGAGAAGAAAAUGUUUUAAAAAAAUUAAUUAAUUAGCAUCUAAAAUAGGCCGAGAAAAUUAGGGGAAGUGGUUUGAGAGAAUGGAGACAGUAAUGGAAGAUGAAGAAUACAACUACAGAGAAGUGAAACUUCCGUCUUUGAUUCCGGUGGCGCCGGAGCCGGAGUUGGAGAGGGAAACAGGGGAAAGGAGAAGAGGAAGGGACGUAAUCAUAGCCAUAGAUCACGGCCCCAACAGCAAACACGCUUUCGAUUGGACUCUCGUUCACUUUUGUAGGCUGGCUGAUACUAUCCAUCUCGUUCACGCCGUUCCCGAUUUGAAGAACCAAAUUCUCUAUGACACAAGCCAGGGGCUGAUGGAGAAAUUGGCUGUUGAGGCUUUUCAAGUAGCAAUGGUGAAAACAGUAGCUAGGGUUGUGGAAGGGGAUCCAGGAAAAGUAAUUUGCCAGGAAGCAGAGAGGAUCAAACCUGCAGCUGUAGUUUUGGGAAGCAGAGGCAGAGGCUUCAUUCAAAGUGUGCUACAAGGAAGUGUUGGAGUGUACUGCUUGCACCACUGUAAAGCAGCACCUGUUGUGAUUGUUCCUGGAAAAGUGGUUGAAUGAGACCGAGAAGGAGAAACAACGGCCGCUGAAGCGAUGGUUUUGAUGUUGGAGGUGUAUUUAACAAUUUCUUAUUCUUAUCAGUUGAAAGCCCAAACAAAUUGGGCUCACAAUACCAUAUAAUGAAAGCCUGUUUUCGUAAAGUCUAUUUAAGGAGCAUUGUAUUUGUAGUUGACUUUUGUCUUAUGAAUUUCACAAAAGAAAUUCUAUC